CCCGUGUUGUCUAGAAGCAACUUUCUCCUGCUUGAGUCUGGAUUAAUCAUGAGAGAGCUCGUCCACAUUCCACUGGUACAGAUUCUCACUCUGGUCGCCUUCAGCGGGACUGAGAAACUUCCAAAAGCACCGGUUAUUACCACCCCUCUGGAAACAGUGGAUGCCUUAGUUGAAGAAGUGGCUACUUUCAUGUGUGCCGUGGAAUCCUACCCCCAGCCUGAAAUUUCUUGGACCAGAAAUAAAAUCCUCAUUAAGCUCUUUGACACCCGGUACAGCAUUCGGGAGAACGGGCAGCUGCUCACCAUCCUGAGUGUGGAAGACAGCGAUGACGGCAUUUACUGCUGCAUAGCCAACAAUGGCGUGGGGGGAGCUGCAGAGAGCUGUGGGGCCCUGCAAGUGAAGAUGAAACCUAAAAUAACUCGCCCUCCUAUAAAUGUAAAGAUCAUAGAAGGGUUGAAGGCAGUUCUACCGUGUACAACCAUGGGUAACCCUAAACCAGCAGUAUCCUGGAUCAAGGGAGACAGUACUCUCAGGGAGAAUUCCCGCAUCGCAGUUCUUGAAUCUGGGAGUUUAAGGAUUCACAAUGUGCAGAAAGAAGAUGCAGGACAGUACCGAUGUGUGGCAAAAAACAGCCUGGGGACAGCAUAUUCCAAACUGGUGAAACUGGAAGUUGAGGAAGGAAAUACGAGUCCACAUCACUAUAAAAGAUCAGCACUGUUUCAAAAUGCUCUUAAUAUGACAAAUGCCACAGAGCGAGAAGAAAGUGAACCUGAGCAGGAUACAAAAGUUUUUGCCAGAAUCCUACGGGCUCCUGAAUCCCACAAUGUCACCUUUGGUUCCUUUGUGACCCUGCGCUGUACAGCAACAGGCAUCCCUGUUCCAACCAUCAGCUGGAUUGAAAAUGGAAAUUCUGUUUCUUCUGGGUCCAUUCAAGAGAGUGUGAAAGACCGUGUGAUUGACUCAAGACUGCAGCUGUUUAUCACCAAGCCAGGACUCUAUACGUGCAUAGCUACCAAUAAGCAUGGAGAGAAAUUCAGCACUGCAAAGGCGGCAGCCACCAUUAGUAUAGCAGAAUGGAGUAAACCACACAAAGAUAACAAAGGCUACUGCACCCAGUACAGAGGAGAGGUGUGCGACACAGUCCUGGCAAAAGAUGCUUUUGUGUUUUUCAACACCUCCUACAAGGACCCUGAGGAAGCCCAAGAGCUACUGGUCCACACUGCCUGGAAUGAACUGCAGGCCGUGAGCCCACUCUGCCGGCCAGCUGCUGAGGCUUUGCUGUGCAACCAUGUCUUCCAAGAGUGCAGCCCAGGAGUGGUCCCAACACCCAGCCCUGUCUGCAGGGAAUACUGCUUAGCAGUAAAGGAGCUCUUCUGUGCCAAAGAAUGGCUGCUGAUGGAAGAAAAGAGCCACCGAGGACUCCUAGGAUCUGGGACACACCUCCUCUCCAUGCUGGACUGCAGCAAGCUUCCCAGCAUGCACUGGGAUCCCAUGGCAUGCAACAGGCUUCCAUAUUUAGCAUUCCCACCAAUGACAUCAUCAAAGCCAAGUGUGGACAUUCCAAAUCUGCCUUCUUCUUCCUCUUCCUCCUUCCCUGUCUCUCCUACCUACUCCAUGACUGUAAUCAUCACCAUCAUGUCCAGCUUUGCUGGGUUUGUUCUUCUCAUCAUAAGUACUCUGUAUUGCUGUCGACGAAGAAAAGAAUGGAAAAACAAGAAAAGAGAAUCAGCAGCAGUCACUCUCACCACGCUGCCCUCUGAGCUCUUGCUAGAUAGGCUCCAUCCCAACCCCAUGUACCAGAGGAUGCCCCUUCUGCUGAAUCCCAAGUUGCUCAGCUUGGAGUAUCCAAGAAAUAACAUUGAAUAUGUGAGAGAUAUCGGCGAGGGGGCAUUUGGAAGGGUCUUUCAAGCAAGAGCCCCUGGCUUGCUUCCUUAUGAACCUUUCACCAUGGUGGCAGUCAAGAUGCUCAAGGAGGAAGCCUCUGCUGACAUGCAGGCUGAUUUUCAGAGGGAAGCAGCCCUCAUGGCCGAAUUUGACAACCCCAACAUUGUGAAACUCUUAGGCGUGUGUGCUGUUGGGAAACCCAUGUGUCUACUCUUUGAAUACAUGGCCUACGGUGACCUCAACGAGUUCCUCCGCAGUAUGUCCCCUCACACCAUGUGCAGCCUCAGUCACAGUGACUUGUCCAUGAGGGCUCGGGCCUCCAGCCCAGGACCCCCACCUCUGUCCUGUGCAGAGCAGCUCUGCAUUGCCAGGCAGGUGGCAGCCGGCAUGGCUUACCUCUCCGAGCGCAAGUUUGUCCACCGGGAUUUAGCCACCAGGAAUUGCCUGGUAGGGGAGAAUAUGGUGGUGAAAAUUGCAGACUUUGGCCUUUCCAGAAACAUCUACUCAGCAGACUACUACAAAGCUAAUGAAAAUGAUGCCAUCCCUAUCCGGUGGAUGCCACCAGAGUCUAUUUUCUACAACCGCUACACCACAGAGUCUGAUGUGUGGGCCUAUGGGGUGGUCCUCUGGGAGAUCUUCUCUUACGGUCUGCAGCCCUACUAUGGGAUGGCCCACGAGGAGGUCAUAUACUAUGUGCGAGAUGGCAACAUCCUCUCCUGCCCUGAGAACUGCCCCUUGGAGCUGUACAAUCUAAUGCGCCUGUGUUGGAGCAAGCUGCCUGCAGACAGGCCCAGUUUCCCCAGCAUCCACCGAAUUCUGGAACGCAUGUGCGAGAGGGCAGAGGGAGCUGUGGGCGUCUAAGGUUGAAGAGAGAUGCUCAAAUAAACUACUGUCUGCUCUCAGACUCUUUGAGCCAGAGAAAUCCUAUACCCCAGGUCCAAUGAGACCCGGAUAGGAAAGAAUGACAGGAGACACUAUGUGUGUGUGCCUUGCGAUCAACAGACUCUCUGCAACUGGUGAUUGGACAUGUAGAUUAGAAAAUGGGUCAGACCAAAAGAGAUAACUCUUCUUCCUCCCAGGGACAGUUUGUAAGGCACACUCCACAAGAAACGAUGUCAUUCUGUUCAGUUCCUGAAUUACUGGGCAGCAGAGUAAGAUUCGGUUGUGUUAAAUUUUAUUAAGAAGUGAAAUCAGAGCUUUCUUUUUUAAUUUACUUAAUCCCGGUAAAAGUAGCAUGUGCUCACAUUAGAAAUUUAGAUCAAGUACAGACAACUAAAAAGAGAAAUCGUUCUUUCAACAUCCAAAGAUGGACCAUUAGGAUUUGCCUUUGUUGUCGUUUUUGACAUGUUUUUGCAUUUAAUGCAUAAUUUUAUUUGUUUUUUUUUUAUUCUGGAUUUGGGGUUACACGUUUUUUGUAGAGGAUCCUAAGGGUUGAAAUGGGAGAUCAGCCAGGCUAUGUUAUCACUGUGGAUCUAUCCCUUUUCUGUCCUCCUUGGGAACAUAAUCUUCUGUUUGAUUACAACAAUUUUUCUAAAAAGAAACUGGCAUUUUCUCAUGCUGUUUCUUAAAAAAAAAAAAUUGUCAGCAACCUUUCCUUUACCUUCAUCUUUAUUUCUUCCUUGUUCCAGAACUUCCUAUCACUUUGUGGUUAUUUAUUUUGUGUCUUUUAUUUCAUAUAGAUACUAAAUACCCUGACAGAAAUAAUGAUAUCAAACAUAACAACGGAGACUGUUACAACUACACCUGUGGCUAGGUAUUAGCAUUUUCUUCUGUAUGUGUGUUUGAAGCCACUUUCUUUUCUUUUCUUUCUUUCCUUCCUUCUUUCCUUUCUUCCUUCCUUCCUUCCUUCCUUCAUCUGGAUUCUUAGAGAUGAAAAUCUCUUAAAUUUGUCUGGCUGGGCUGGCUUUGAACAGGGAUCACAAUAUCUCUGCCUCUUCAAUAACUAAGAUUACAGGCAUGAGCCAAACCUUUCUAAUUUGUCAACUACUGUUUUUAUGCACUCUCUUGUCUCUUUAACCAUGGUGUAUAACAUGAGAUUUUACAGUGUUCUUAGACAUUAUUUCAAUGUUGAUGAUUUUGUGCAUUCUGAUUUUUUCUUUUAGAAGCCAAUUCUAUUGGCCAUAGAAUGAGAAUAACAUCAUUUAGUAACUUCUUCAUGGCACAUUAAAAUCAUGUUGCAUAGUACGAAUUUUUUUCAGUUCUGUUAUUCAGAUA